GAGAAGGGAGCUGACCAGCGCCGGAGCUGGCAGCGGCGCGGACCAGUGAGGCCGUCUGCCUGCGGCCUGAGCCAGCCCGGGGCCCCGUCCUCCCGGACGAGCACCAAUCAGCCCCGGGCCCCCAGCGCCUCGCGCAGAUGCCGGUGCCCCCAGGGAGCGCCCCUAAGCCCCGGCCACGCCGAGAGCCGCGCCCGCACAGGGGCUGAGCACUCCCACGGCUCGAGCAGCCGCCGCCGCGGGGACCAUGCCGCACUUCCUGGACUGGUUUGUGCCCGUCUAUCUCAUGAUUUCCAUCCUCAUCUUGGUCGGUUUCGGGGCCUGCAUCUACUACUUCGAGCCCGGUUUACGGGAAGCCCACAAGUGGCGAACGCAAAGACCUCUCCUGGACCGGAACUUCCGCAAGACCCUGAUGAUCCGGGACAACCUGGCCUUCGGGAGCCCCGACGUCUGAGGGCCGGCCCAGGCCGGCGGCAGAGACAGCGGCUGGAGAGCCCCGCCUCCAGGCCGGGGCAGCCCUAGUGCGGCUGCUCCUGGCCCUCCCGAGCCACGGCGGGCCCCUCCAUCCGCUCUCCCGCCCUGCCCCUGCUUAGAGACCCUUCCCACCAUGUCCGCCCCAUUCCCGUCCUAGCAUCUGUCCCGCAGAGAUGGCCCCGCGGCUCUUUGCCAGCCCGGGACGCCGGCGUCUCUCCAGGGGCCCCGGAGCAGGGGACAAAGUUCCAUCUCCUCCCUGAGCCCCGGACUCCAGUGUUGGCCAAAGAUGCCCCAUCCCCACCCCCUCUGUCCCUUCCGGACAAUCCAAGACUCGAGAGGGGAGACGGGCAGUGGCAGACUGGGGUCUCGUACUGCUCCUCGGGAUGAUCUCCUCCUCUGCUCCCGGGAUCCCACAAGAGAGGACAGCUUCUGGGCAAACGGGGGCAGGCCUGUGCCCAAUUCUGUGCCAAUCGAUUGCUGGUGCCCGUUGGUCCUAUAGUCCCCAUGUGUCCCCCUUCUAGUGCCAAUAGCCACACCCAAAAUGUGAGUCAUGCCCUCUCCCACCGUGGGUGGGCGGCCAUCCAGCUCUGCUGAGCCCCUCCCCACACUGGGUGCGUGCAGGAGGGGCCCGGGCACUGCCAUUUCUAUCUGCCAUGAGCCACCGCUUCCCCAUCGGGACCAUCGCCCCAGCCCCCCAGCAGGCCCACAGGCAAGACACAGGCUCCGGGGGACUCCAGCUGGUGCAGGCCCAGGACAGGGUAUCCCUGAGACCCAACCCCCAUCCCGGGGGGAGAGAACUCAGGCGUACAACAGAGAAAGGAGGUCCUGCCCGAGAAGGAGCCUGAGAGAGGAGAGGUCCAGCCUUCCCCACCACCCUUUAAGGGCGGGCAUGGGCUGGGCACGGGGGGAGCUGUCCCCUCCUGCCCUCCGAGUUGGGCUCCGACCCCAGUUUGUGCAGGGGGCUUCAGGCCCUGGGGAAGGCUGGGCUCGCUGUGGGAGGCAGCUCCCUCUGGGCUCUGGGGUGUGUGUGGGCAGAGGGAAUGUCCCCAUGGCCGUCGGGGGGAGCGUGAGCCCCCUGACUGUGGGGGUGGGGUGGCAGCCUAGGGCUGAAGUAUCCCAAGUCCCUGAAGGGGGGCGGGGUGUGAGUGUGUGUGCACAUGCCCAUGGCAAAUAUGGGCGCGGGUGACUUGGGUGGGCAGGAACACUGCGCAUGGGGGUGCCCAUGAGAACCUGGGGGUGAGUGUAUGGGGAGAUAGAAGUGAGCCCGCGAGGGGCUGGGCUGCUGACGGCACCGAGGGCACACUCGGGAGUGUUCCUCUUUGGCAGGAGUCCCAAGGGCUUCAUGGAGUCUCCUUGGGCCAUAGAGCUGAGACUGUGAAAGGUGCGCGUUCACCUCAGGAGUGGGUGGGGACCCCUGACCCCCCCGAUCUUCUGUAACCUCCUCCCAACGCAACCUGAUAGCUGAGGACAGGACUUAGUGCAGAUCCGAGGCCCCAUGGGCCAGGAUCCCGUGCUGCCCUGAGCCAUAUGUGGGUCCACACCUCCAGUGCCGCAGCCCUGCGGGUCACCUUCACUACCACCAGCCUCCCAGCCCUGCGGCUGGCUCUUGUCCACGGACAUCAGUUGUGAGCAGGAAAUGUGGCUCUACAGUCUCUCGGUCUCUCUGUCUCUGUCUGUCUGUCUCUUGUUUCUUUCUCUGUUUCUCUCUCUCUGUUUCUGUCUGCCUCUUUGUUUCUAUCUCCCUGUCUGUCUGUCUCUCUGUCUCUGUC